AUUAGCCAUGAAAACAAAUUUAUCGAUUGUUAUGCAAUUUAAAAUAAAUUAAAUUAAUCAAUCAAAUGACUUAAAACUCUGCAUGCACCUGUUUUGUGUUUGUAUUUUUGUUUUCGUUUGGUUUGUCUCAUUUGUGAAUUUUAAAAAAUGGAUCAUAGUAGCAAUGACCAUCGCCAAUCGAAUAAAAAUUCAUCGUCACCUUCAUCAGCAAAUAAUGCCAGUAGUUGUAGUGGCGUUAAUCGUACAGCGAGCAACAAAAGUUUCAAUAGUUUCACUAGUUUAGGCAUUGGUUCUGGUGUCAACACUGCAUCACCAAAUGAACAACAACAUCGAAUAUUGUUGAAGAAAAAAUUGGACAUUGAAUUAGUGAAACCUAAGCCAGAGAAUAGUCAACACAUGGGCCAUGAUCAUGGUUCAGUAAUGUAUGAUUGUAUUCUAUUCCUCAUCUAUUGUAUUGAACAUGAUCGUUUCGCCGUUACAAAUGUUAAUGAUGAUCAUCAUACGAUUUGGUUACCAUUUGUCAGCCGUGAAGGUAAUGAUUGGAGUCGUGCAUCUGAACUUGGUUUAUUAUCAAUGUUCGAGAAACGUGAUCCGGAUGGUGUUGUCACGAAUCAUGUGAACAUUUCGCAUACAACAAAAAUGAUUGAAUUAUGUCACAUACAAACCGUGAAUGGACGAUGGAUACAACGUGCCACACAAUUUGUGACAAUAACGCGUUGCCAAAAAACAUGUCAACCAAUCAAUUCAAUACAAUGGAUGAAUGCUGGAAAUAUCCUGAAAGAUGACAGCGCUAUUUGGGGACCAGAAUUUCGCAAAUAUCUUGAACAUCUGGAAAGACAUUAUUGUGAAUUACAAGUAGUCGAAUAUCCAAUUGAUUCUGUAUUACGUUAUCAUCUAUCAUAUAAUAAUCAUCACGAAAGAAUGGACCAAACAGAAUCCGUUGCUACACUGUCGGGCAUGAUGAAAGCAAGGAAUUUAUCAUUGAAAUUAUUGACCGAUCUAUAUGAACAUUAUUUGCGUCAUACAUUCCCAUCCUAUUAUAUGAACUUUGGUUCAUUCAAAAUUUAUUUGCAAAAAUGUGGCUUCAAAUCCGAAACGAUUUCGGCACAAGCAAAACAAUUGUUCAGUUGUUGCUUGAUGCGCUCGAAUCGUGAUUGUAAUGGUGCAACUUAUGUUGAUUUUCAUGAUAUUUGCUAUCUAUUAUUAGCAUUGGAUCCUGAAAUUCCAGAUGAAAAUAAAUACAGACAAGCCUUUGUUACUCAGUUUAUGGAACAGCAACAAAAUUCAUCACAUGAAGAACAUAGUAGUACCAGUAGUCAUCGCCAUAAAUCCAAACAUUCUAGUCUUAGCAAAGUAUAUUCAAUGGUUAUUAAUCGCCAUCAUGGCCAUCACCAAACAAAUGCCAAAUCUAUCGAUACUAAUGAAUGGGCAACAACAAAUGUUCCUGUCAAAUUAUUUCGAAGUAUAUUCACAAAAUUUGCUAAAAUUAAGAAAAAACAAACUGAACGUUUAAAAUCGGAUAAAACCAAUCUUACACGUGGUCUGUGUCGAAAUUGUCGUGUAAAAUCAUUUGAAUAUGGACAACAUUGUAUCAUGUUUGAUUCAAUGGGUCGAUGUGUUGAGCCGAAAAUCAUUCUCAAUGCUGACAAUCAAUUCACACCGAUUAGCAAAUUGGAGGGAAAAAAACUUUAUUCUGCUGAACAUGUAUUUAAACCGGAUUCCAUUGGUAACGUAUUGUUCGAUUAUAUGCGUAAUCGGAAAUUUUUAGCAAACAGCCAAAACAAUUCAACAAAUGCCGGUAUACAACAUCAUCCCACAACGAUAAUGCCCGACGAUGAAAAUACAACCGAACGAUUGGGAGGAGUAGGUGCUGCUGGUGGUGGUACUGCAGAUGAUGUAGAAUGUUUGGAUAUAAAUGCCAUACUAUUCCUUUGUGAUUGUGCACGUAAAUUACUGAAAUUUGAAUCAAAAUUAAUCAAACGUUCCGGAUCGACAGUAGUUAUUGGAGAUAUCCGUAGUGAUUUCGAUACACUACUGAAGAUGGAACAAUUGUUUUGGCCAACCAUACCGGUUAUUGCACAGAAUGUUGUCUUUCUUGGUAAUUAUAUUAAUAGUGGUGGUGCAAGAUUGUCAAAUCAAGACUAUAGUAUCGAAACAAUAAUUUAUCUUUUCUCCAUCAAAUAUCUUUGUCCAAACAAAGUGAUUCUAUUGAAAGGUGUGAAUGAAACACGUACAUAUAACGAGAAAACAUUAUUGUAUCAAUGUCGUACCCGUUAUGGGGAAGAAAGAGGUGCACAAUUAUGGCGUGCUAUCAAUCAAGUAUUUGAUGAAUUGCCAUUAGUGUGCAUUAUCAAUGAAUCAAUUUUAUGUGCAUCCUCGGGCAUACCGAAAGAUUCGUUGAAACACAAAUUAUCCACAUAUUUUGAUAGCUAUGUUUUGGACACCAAAUCAUUGUCCAUGGGUAGUAGUCAUGCAAAUAUGAAAGAAUUUGCACUUUUUCACCAUAUUCUUGUCAAUGUCCCUCAACAACUACAGCAACAACAAUCACCUAGAGAUUUAGAUUCAAAUUCAUCCGUUCUGUUCAAGUCAAAUCCUGCAGUGCCGAAUGGAUAUAUUUUUACACGUGAAGCAUUUUUACAAUUUAUGUCAUUGAACAAUUUUAGCUACAUGAUACGUAGCAAUGAACAAGUAUCACCAUAUAUGAUGGAUAGUUAUCAUUUAUCCUAUGAUAAUCGAUUAAUAUCAAUCAUUUCUAAUGUUGAUACAAAUCAACCAAAUGAAGCAAUCGUUGUAUUUAUUCACCAUCCAGAAGGACGUAUUCAAUUGAAACAAUUGAUGAGUGAUUCGCAAAAUCAAAAUCAAAAUCAACAAAAACAAAAUAAAAACAAAGCCGCCAGUUUGUAAAUUCCACCAUUGGCUAUCAGUUAUAUACCACACGAGAAAAAUCAUUUAUAUCGGCAACCAGAUUUUUUAGAUACUCUAAGGUCAUAUAAUAAUAAAUUUUAUUGGCCAAGAUGA